CGGAUUGUUUUGGUACGAUGUCAGAACAAACAGAGAAUUCCUCUCGGGCUACGCCUUCCUCUGCUCUCUAAUGCCGUUCGACUGGUUUCCCAUGACAAACACGACGUGACAGCGGUUGGGAUGCCCCACCCCGUCCGCGAGGGUUCGCGAGUCGACAUGCGCCGGCAUCUGGAGCUGGCGGGCCUGGGUCUGGCCCUCUCUGGGUGGCUCUGCGCCAUCUUGACCCGCUGCAUGGCCUUUUGGACGGUCAGUGGCAAUCUAGACAAUUCCUCAGCCACGCUACCGGCCUACUGGGAUGGGGUGUGGCUGGAAUGGGACCACUGGGACUUGGCCCACAAAGGGCAGCUGCACUGCUCAUUCUACCAGUCACUCAUGUCCCUCUCCGGGAGUUUCCGAACAUGGAGGGCCCUCAUCAUGGCCGCGGUGGGCGCAGGUGCUUUUGCCACCUUGGUGGGUGCGGCCGGAGCUGGGUGGUUCCCCAAGCGGGGGCAGGUUAAAGUGUUCUCCGGGGCCACAUACAUUUUAUCAGGGAUCCUCAUUCUGAUUCCUAUCGCUUGGACCUGCCACCACACCAGCCAUCGGUUGGAGGGAGCCUUGCACCUGAGGAGGGACUGGGGACCGGCGUUGUAUUUGGGGUGGAUCUCCUUUGCGCUGACGAUAACUGGGGGGACCCUUCUCACCACGUUGUGUCCCACCGCCUCCGAGGGACCGGCCCUGGCCGUGGAGGAUUCGAGGCCGCGUCAUCAGGAGGAAGCGACGCACCCACUCAAUAGGAUCAACAGGGCCACCUUCACCCACAGCCAGUACCAACAUGGGUCCGUUCCCAUCUGAUGUGGGGUACCCAACCAUUCGUUUUGGACAGAGCUGGACGUCAUUUGUCACAGGAGGGCCUGAGCUGAGAUUUGAACGCAGACCAUGUCGACAAUGAGGCAGCGGUCCAACUAUGAGCGCACGGUGGUGCCCACCCACCACAACACAUACAACUCGAGCCCAUUUGCACUUAUCCUAUACUGUCAGGGAGACAAGUGAGCCGGACUCCAGCCCAUGUUUUUUUUUUGUUCCAUAACAAAAAUGUCAAAUUAAUGAACCAAUCCUCUAAAAAAAAGUUGGGUCAAAAAUAAUGCAAUUAUGGGUCAAAAAGGGACCAACUUCGACAUGGGUCAAUCCAACCAUUAUUUUUAAACAAAUAUUUUAUUUGGGGGGCUGUUUUGAGGAAAAAAAUAAUUGGGUUGAAUUGACCCAAAUAGCAGUUGAUCCCUUUUGACCCAUAAUUGGGUUAUUUUUGACCCGCCUGCCUUUAGAGUAUUACAUGAUGAUUUGGCAAUGUUGGCAGAAGUCUUGAAAUACAAAGAGAAAAUCCAGGCAAGCAUGCAGAGAAGAUGCAAACCCGACGCCAAUUUCAAACCACGAACUGUGAAGCAAACAUGCAACCCAGUUGGGUACUAAUACUGUAUGAAAUUACAAUUUAAGUCAAUAAUUUGCGUCAUUUUUGAUUGCAGGAAUACUGCAGAGAGCAUUCUAUGUGCCAUAUUACUGGAACGUGUACAGGAUAGAGUAUGUAUGAAGAGUACAAAGACAAUAAGGUGUCACUCUUAAAACUACUCGGUCAAAAUGAACUCAAAUCGGGUUAACCAGCUAACCCAGUGCUGAGUCCAAAUAAAUCAAGCCAAUUCUGAGUUAUUUAUACCCAGUGCAUUGGGUUGAGGAUUUGAGGGGGUGAAAACUAUGCACUGUCGAGUUAAAGCUAGCAAGAGACGGGUUAUCACGUUAUCUGUGUAGCCGUGGUUAAAAAUACUAAUUUGACUACCAAUGUUUUUAAGAAGCAUGUCAGGCGUCGCCACAAUUCACUCGCAUGUUGCUUCAGCUCUUCAGUCCAAUGUGCAGGGUCAACAUAACCCAAUCUGCUCACAAUCCACAGCUACCCAGCAAGUGGGUUAGAAAAACAACCCGCUAUUGUUUCAGUGUGUGUAAGAGCAGACUUAGUGACUGUAAUUUGGGUAUACCGGUACAUUUAUUUUUCUCUCAAGUUUACAUUCAUUAUUGAACAUUCAAGUCAAUUUCUCCUCCAUUAUUUUGUUUGUUGACCCCCUGGAGACCAUACCAGUAUCUCUUACAUGAAGCAAAAAAAAAAAAACCACAUCACCAAACAGAAUGUUAUUUCAUUCUAAAGACUGUAUGAAAGAGGUUGUGAUGUCAUUCAUUGUGGGCAUUGUGAGAAACUACGUUAACUUUUGGCUUGAACUUGAAUAAAAAAGGAGGGUUGUUAUGAAAGAUGUCUUUGCAUCAGAGCAGACUCCUCAUGCAUUAGUAUUAGUUAAUACGUUUUCUUGUAAUAUUACGUUUCCUCUUAAAAUGACCUUUUUGUCACAUUCCAAGUUUCCUG